UUUCAUUUAUGCGUCGUGGAGUAUUUGAGGAUAUGAGACAUGGGUUCUUCCUUCUCAAGCCAAAAGUGCGAUGUGUUUAUUAGUUUCAGAGGUGAGGAUACGCGUGAUAAUUUUACGAGCCAUCUUUACGAUGCUUUGCAGACGAAAAAAAUCAGUACUUACAUGGAUGACAAACUGAAGAAAGGAGAUGAAAUUUCACCUGUACUUUCGAAAGCGAUUAAGAAAGCGAAGCUUUCCGUCAUUGUUUUCUCCGAAAACUACGCUUCUUCCUCGUGGUGCCUGAACGAACUUGCACAAAUACUCGAGUGUAAGAAGAAAAGGGGACAAAUUGUAGUGCCGAUAUUUUACCAUGUGGAUCCAUCAGAUGUCCGGAAACAGAAAGGCAGUUACACAAUUACAUCGAACAAGUUCAAGGGCGGAAAACGCAAGGUGGAUGAAUGGAAGGUAGCUUUGACCAAAGCAUCAAACUUAUCUGGAUGGGAUUCACGAUCCCUUAGGCCGGAGUCGAAACUGAUCAAGGAAAUCGUCGGAGACAUAAAGAAGAAGUUGGAACAACUUCACGACGGGACGAGUGCUGCAAUGAUUGCAGGUGCUGUCGGCGCAAACAUGGCUGUUGCUGCUGCAAGCGCUUGUUGAUCAAGUGAUAGAUGAUUUAAUUAAGGAAAUAAUUCAAAUGACCCCAUGCACUCGAAUAUAGAUCAUGGAAUUAAUUUCUUUAGAAAUCCAGAACAUGUCACGGAUUAUUGGAUCGAUUCAAAGGUUAAUAGCAGAUUUUGUACAGCUGCCUCA